AUGCUUAUACUUCAAAGGUUGUUGAUUGUGUACAUUGCGCUCAGCACUGCUCUAGCCUCAAUAGGUGAUAGGCUCGACGAAUUCGCGGAAUGCGUGGAAGAUUGUCAAUUGGCUUUGAGGUGUCCCGGAUUUGAGGAGGAUUUUCCAAGUGGUACAGCAUCGGGAUCACAUGCCGUUUUCAUUCCUGCUUCUUCAGUGGCGAGCGGUUUGUUUUUUUGGGAUUGCACUGCUCACUGCGACUACCAAUGCCAGCAGAUCAUUACUCAGUUGCGCAUACACGAGGGUAAACCAGUUGUACAAUUCCACGGCAAAUGGCCAUUCAAAAAGAUGCUAGGAAUGCAAGAGCUGUUUUCUACGAUCUUCAGUGUCGCCAAUUUCGUUCCUCAUUACCGUGGAUACCGGCUGCUGCAAGGUGAACUUAAGGCAACGCCGUUGAAAAGUAAAGCUCAUCUAGUCUUGAAUCAAUACGUUUACGUGGCAAUGGCAGGAAUGCUUGCCUGGACUUCAAGCUCAAUCUUCCAUUUUCGUGAUCUAGAGAUCACUGAAAAGCUGGAUUAUUUUUUCGCUGGGGCUACCGUUCUGAGUGCAUUCCACGCUAUUCUUAUUCGUGUUGGGCGGCUGUACCAACAAGACACCUAUCUUCGUAUGGCUUCAGGAACGGUUCUGCUUAUUUUCGGUAUGCACAUUGUGCGGCAAUAUUUGGAUUGGUCCUACACCUACAACAUGAGGUUUAAUGUGGCAUUUGGUGUUUUACAAUACAUCCUGCUAUUGGUGCUAGCGUACAAAAAUUUCAAGCAGUUGAAACGGAGGAGACAACCGCGGAAAGCACAUUACAAGAUCCGAAAAUCGAUGGUUUUCGACCUUUGCGUCGUACCCGCGGCUCUUGUCAUUGGCACUUCCUUGUCCAUGUCGUGCGAGCUCGUUGAUUUCUUCAGCUACAAAUGGCAGAUAGACUCGCAUGCUAUCUGGCAUGCCUGUACGGUGAUUCCUUCAUGGAAACUAUACGAUUUUUUCAUCGAUGACUAUCGAUACUUGGAAGUCUGUGACGCGGGCAUCGAAGAUUGA